CACUGAUCUUGUUGGUUAACCGGUGGACCACAACCGGUUAACAAACAUCGUUUUUAUUUUUGUUUUGGGCUCUAAACCCUAAAAGAAACCUUCAACGCCGUUCGUUUCUUCUUCUUCCUCCUCUGCUACAGAAUCGUUUUGCUCUAGACGCUAAUUAUGUCAAAUCGACCUGAGUUACUCGCACCGCCGGAGAUAUUCUAUGACGAUACCGAAGCUCGGAAGUAUACUUCUUCCUCUCGUAUCGUCGAAAUUCAGGCGAAGUUAUCAGAGAGAGCUUUGGAGCUUCUGGCUUUACCCGAGGAUGGUGUUCCUAGAUUCUUACUCGACAUUGGUUGUGGAUCUGGAUUGAGUGGAGAAACACUUUCUGAAGACGGGCAUCAUUGGAUUGGUUUAGACAUUUCAGCCUCAAUGCUUCAUGUUGCUGUGGAGCGAGAAGUUGAGGGUGAUCUUUUACUUGGUGACAUGGGGCAGGGCUUAGGUCUUCGUUCUGGAGUUAUUGACGGAGCCAUCAGUAUAUCGGCUGUUCAGUGGUUAUGCAAUGCGGAUAAGUCAUCGCAUGAACCUCGUUUGAGGCUAAAGGCUUUCUUUGGUUCACUAUACCGCUGCUUAUCAAGAGGAGCAAGAGCAGUUUUUCAAGUGUACCCUGAAAAUAUUGCUCAGCGUGAAUUGAUUCUUCGCCAGGCCUUACAAGCUGGAUUUGGCGGUGGACUUGUUGUUGACUAUCCACACAGUACUAAGAAAAGAAAAGAGUUCUUGGUCCUCACAUGUGGCACUGUUCAGACGAGUAUUCAGACCAGUAAAAAUGAGUAUGAUGAGAGUUGCUCAGAAGAUGACAACAGCGACGAUGAAGAGAGUGAAGAGGUGGGUGUAUCAGAUAGGAAUAGGCCAAGGAAAAGGCAGAGAACGAACACGAAAGUGAAAGGAAGAGAAUGGGUUCUGAGGAAGAAAGAGCAAAGUAGAAGAAAAGGAAAAAAUGUUCCUGCUGACUCCAAGUUCACCAGUAGAAAACGCAGGACGCGUUUCUAGUUUUGUUAUGAUACCUAAACGCUAGUUAGAGCGUUUUAAAAGUUUUGUCAUUAAAAUAAAUUCUGAACAUCAUUACUGUUUUCGAUAUUUAAACGUGUGUGUACUCAACAUUUUUCUUGCUCUCUGCUCGAAAUGCAUAUUGUAAUUUGUGUUUGCCUUAUCAAUUUUUCAGUCAAUA